AUGGCCUUUGGAACGAUCGUCACGUUGACCAUACUACCCGUCCUCAUCUUCGCUCUUUGGCAUCUCACGUCGACCAUGCUCCCCCCUAUGCCUGCCCUUCUCCGCAACAAGCGCAUCAUCCUGCUCAUCGCUCACCCGGACGACGAGUCGAUGUUCUUCUCGCCGGCCCUUCAAGCCCUGACCCACCCUUCUCUACAAAACCACUUGAAGAUCUUAUGCAUGAGUACGGGCAACAGCGAAGGUCUGGGCGCAACACGGAAACAGGAACUGGAAAAGGCGGCGACGACGCUGGGACUGAGGCGGAAAGAGGACGUCUUUGUGCUAGAGGACGAGCGGUUCAAGGACGGAAUGAAGGAGGAGUGGAAGUCUGAGGAUAUCGCGCUCGUGCUGGCCAGUGCCUUUGCGCCGCACCUGAACUCUCCGUCUGCUUCAGCAACCCCGGCAAUGCCCACAUCAGAUUCCGACAAGGAAAAGGACAAGGACCGACGAAAAUCCAAGCCAAACUCUGUGAAACACACCAAAUCCGCCUCUCGCACAAGCAUAGCAACCCCGCCCGCUCCAGCGCAAAAGGAGGUAGAGGGACCCCGCGCAACGAUCGACGUCCUAAUCACCUUCGACAAGGGCGGUAUCUCAGGCCAUCCCAACCACAUCGCCUUGUACCACGGUGCUUCCCUGUUCCUACAAAAGAUCAUGAAAGGCCACUCUGGCUAUGCCUGCCCGGUCACGCUGUACACCCUCCCCUCGAUCAACAUUGUGCGGAAAUACUCCUUCGUAUUAGACGCCAUACCCACCCUCCUAGCCGGGAUCUACGAGACCAUAUUCGGCAACUUGUUUGGAUCCACGACAGGGAAAGGGAAGACCGCCACGGGGCCCAAGGGCGCCGCAGACCGAGUCAUGUUUGUCAACGACAUAUUCCGGUACUGGAAGGCGCGCGAGGCCAUGAUCCACGGACACAAAUCUCAGAUGGUCUGGUUCCGGUGGGGCUGGAUCGGCCUAGGGAGGUACAUGGUCGUGAAUGAUUUAAGGAGGGAGCGAGUCGUGGCGGGCUAA